AUGUCAGACUUUUAUAAAUGUAUUGAAACGAACGAAAGAUUGGUUCAUUAUCACUCGCGGAAGAUGCAACAACUUAGUGCCCAAUUGAAUAAAGUUCGACUUUCUCGCCGAUCUGCAGUAACUCCUCGAGGUUCGCCGAUGAAGCAAUCUUUCGUCGAGCAACUUUCGAACGAGAGCUGUAGCCAAGAGAAACUUGCUUCUUCACCGCGCAGUCAAAUGCGCCCAGAACAUGUCCAAAAGCUCAAGUCUCAACUCUCUGGGAGAAAGUCAAUUCCUGUCCGUUCCAAAUCUAAAGUAGAUACUUCUACCAUAAUUGUGAACAGAAAACCACGAGCAGUAAUCGAAAAGAGCUCUUUCAACCGAGCUGAACAGGAACAGAUCCCGAAGCUUCAAUUGGAGCCUGAAUCUGCACCAUCUACUCCAGAUAUUCGCAUUCAAAGAGAUGGUAGUGCGAAUGUGGUUAGCUACAUGCCAGCGAAACCAAAAACGCCUCAGAGUUUUCCUACGAGUAGCGGACCUCCAAAUGUAGAAGCGCCUAAAACCAGCUUCUUUGGUGCUUUUGGAGCUAAAGGCGGUGAAAACGAAUCGAAGUAUAACCUAAAUAAUCCGCCACAAGUUAUCAAUGCAUCUACUCUCCCGCAAGCAAAAGGCCCAUCAUUUGCGGGUGCAUUUAGCCCUGCCCCACACGUUAACAAAGGAACGCAAGAUGCCGUUCGUGCUGCACUAAACACGGUGAACAAAAUCGCGUCAGAGCCAUCAUCUGUUUCGUCCAAGCUUCCUGAGAAAGAAAAGACACCUCAUGUUUCUGCAUUCUCUGUUCCACAGAAGGCACCAGCUGAAAAGCUGAAGCCAACCCUAGCUAAAGAACCAACUUCCGUCACCACUUCGAAACCGAAUUUGUUCGCUCCCAAGACAUCUUCUUCAACUGCGCCCGCAAAUGUGAACCCUUUUGGAGGAACUACAGCAAACGUCUUCGGCUCCUCGAAACCGGAUACAUCAAAAUCGACGUUCACAUUCAGAAAUGUGGUUGUAUCUUCUUCCUCGGAAAAAGAUGUCUCUGAUGGUGAGUCCGGCCAUAUCAGUGAAACUGAUGAUGAAUCUGCUGAUGAUCUCGAAGAAACGAUCAAAGUUGCUAGCACCGAGACUGUUCCUAAACCUAAUCUCUUUGCAAGUGCACCAAAAAGUGGCACAGGACUCUUUGGCUCAACUGCAACUGAUCCCAAAGCAGCACCUACAAAACCAAGCAUUUUCGGAGCAGUGACGCCAAAGGGGCCUUUCGGGGCAUUAUCUAAAGCUGGUGGCGUUGGAGCUUCCGGAGACCGAUUUACUUUAGAUGAAUCUGCCUACGACACACCACCAAGAAGGCCAUCAAAAGCAAAAUCACCUAACGUUUCUGGAGUAAACAUUUUCGCCGGAAUUCAAAAAGAAGAUACUGAAGCUGACGAAAAAUCUACAACCGAAGUGACAGAGGAGUCGGCAGCAUCAAAACCCCCAAGUGGACUUUCAACUACAGCAAAAACUGAAGAGAAAAAACCAGCCCCUUCUCUUUUCGGAAGCACUCCUUCAAAGCCAGCUGAGGACAAGGACGAAAAGAAAGAAACUGCUCCGCCCUCAGCCGAGAAACCAACAAUCAAGAAUUUGUUCGGUACUCCAGCUAAACAAGAAGAAAAACCAAAACCUGGCCUUUUUGGAUCUAGUACUUCUUCUGGGCUCUUUGGUUCAAAAAGUGACGACAGCAAGGCUAAGGAAGCAGGUUCAGCGACAGGUCUCUUUGGUUCCAAACCAGCAGAGGCUUCGUCCGGAUCUAAUUUAUUUGGAAGUAAAACUGAGGAAACUAAACCUACCCCAUUCGGAUCAAAGGCGGAAACUUCGUCUAGUUCGAGUCUCUUUGGCUCAAAACCCGCUGAAUCAUCGUCUGGUACAGGUCUAUUCGGUUCCACGAAGAAACCAGAGAGUAACUUGUUUGGAACACCCAAAGCAGCAGAGAAGACUGAAUCCGGACUUUUUGGUUCAUCAAAGCCAGCUGAAAAAAGCUCUGGAUCUGGUCUAUUUGGAUCGUCAAAGCCUGAGUCAUCCGGUGGACUUUUCGGCUCUAAACCAUCCGAAUCGUCAAAUGUGUUUGGAACGCCAGCGAAAUCGGAAGCAAACUCUGGUGGAGGAUUGUUCGGAUCAAAGCCAGCGGAAUCAAGUAGCGGUCUUUUUGGCUCUUCAACGCCACAGUCUACUAGCGGCUUUGGGAACUCUGGAGGAGGAGGCGGAGGAUUGUUCGGUUCUUCGAGUACAACAUCUAACUCAGGAGGCCUAUUUGGUUCAAGCAAUUCAAACACGAACUCAUCUGGCGGCAUCUUUGGAAGCUCCAACAACGACAAUAAUUCGGGAGGCGGUGUUUUCGGAUCUGGUGGCGGCUUUAGCGGACUCGGAUCAAAACCAGAUCCAGAGAAGGCAAAACAAAAUCCGUUCGGAAGUAGUAGCUUUGGCAAUAACUCUAGUUCAACGAAUAAUUCGAACUUGUUUGGAAACGCGCCUGCAAACCCAUUCGGCUCCUCGACGUCUAGUAAUCAACACUCAUCUUCCGGUCCUUUUUCUGGAGGAAGCGGGGCAACUAGUCCUUUCUCGGGUUCAGGUGGAGGUUCAAGUGGCGGAUUUGGAAGCAGCGCCUUCGGUAGCAGCGGGGGUAAUGCCUUUGGCUCCACUGCAUUCGGUGGCGGCGGCAGCUCAGCUUUCGGUUCAUCCGCUUUUGGUAGUAGUAACCAGCAAAGCAGCUCAUUUGGUUCUGGCAACAAUUCUGGCGGUGUUUUCGGAGGCGGCUCGGGAGGUGGCGCUGGUGGAUUUGGUGGCUUUGGCGGAAGCAACUCGAGUGGUGGAUUCGGCGCAAAGACAUCUGGCGGUGGAGGCUUCGGAAGUUUCGGUGGCGGAAAUAACCAGCAACAGAACAAUGCAUUUUCCGGAAGUGGAUUUUCCGGCUUUAGAUAA